GGUCUAGGAAUUUUCAGUCUUGUUUUGCAGGAAUUGUAAUCAAUCAUGCAAGGAGAUCAGAUUGGAGGGCAAAUCAGGCUUCUCCAAUCACCAUGUAUAAAAAUGCAUCAAAGACACUUCUACUUGACCAGAAACCAACAUUUUGAAUGCGUUUAGCAGCUGCCGAAGGGGGACGCUAAUCUCAGAGUCGCCCACUUUGUUCUUCUUUGAGAACUUGAUAGCUUUCAUCCUCCUUAUGCUCUGCUUUCUAGUAGCUCCAUUUAUCAUUCUUCUUUGUCGCCUUGCUAUUUGCUCUUCCUUCACCUCAUUAUGAAUGUGUACGAAUAAAUACUAUCUGCCUUAAACUAUUGUCAAAGACUAAUUUGUCCAAGAAUCAGCUUUUUAGCCUAAUCAAAACCAAAUCAGAGUAUUCUAUUAAUAGUUGAUUGGUCUCAAAAAUUUUUAGCUGAAAAUUCCAAUAAAGUGCCUUUUUUUUUCCUUUACGAUGAUGGCUAUCAUCAGCCUUAAUUUCAAAUGCGUCAUAGUGACUUUAGAUUUUCAAACAUAAUGAUGUUGUCUCUUAAUCAGGAACUAAUCAAUCAUUAUAACUGGACAAAAAGCUGAUUUUGGAGCUAAUAGAACUUAAAAAAAAAAAUAGUUUUAAGACUUAAAUUAACCCUUCAACCAAAAUCAUAUUCUGUGUGGUUUUUAAUAAGUUGAAAUAUAUAACAAUGUAAUUUUUGAGUCAUUUUUUUUUAGAUUUACAGAAUUGGAAAAAAAGAAAAAGUUUGUUGUUUCUCCUGGAUGAGGAAAUGAUUCCAGAAUGAUUUUCGAGCUAACGCAAGAACACGUCAAGAUCAGAGUCUUACAAGAAAAUCAACCUAUAAAAGCAUAAAAGUUCAAAGUCAAGAAAAUUAAAUGUCAUCAGCUAUACCACAAAUUCUCAGGCCACUGUUUCGCACGAACAACGGAUUCCUGAUAUCUAGUUCGAAUCUUCCAGAUAAAUGGAUCACCAGAAAGAAGAAUUAUGCUGGUAUUAAUUCUAGAUUCUCCAUUUUCCCUUAUAAUAGCUCUCAUCCUCUUUGUUCUUCUCUUUCGCUUUGCUCUACUUGUCUUUUUUCUUGUCCUUCUCUUUGCUUUUUGUUCCAAUCUCAUUCUCCUCAUCUCCGAUCUCCUUUCUCAUCCAUGACCGCUCAAUCCAGUUCUGACCCACCUCAGUCUUCCUCUACAAAGACUGUGAGGGUUAUGAUUAAGGGGAGAGUGCAGGGAGUAUUCUAUAGGAACUGGACGAUAGAAAAUGCCAACCAAUUGGGGUUGAAGGGUUGGGUGAGAAACAGAAGGGAUGGUUCUGUUGAGGCACUCUUCUCCGGGGAUUCGGAUAAGGUCCAGGAGAUGGAGCAAAGGUGCCGCCAUGGCCCACCUGAUGCUAUGGUUACUGGGCUCCAGGUUUUUCCAUGUGAUGAUGAUCCUGGAACUGGGUUCCAUCGCAAACCAACUAUUUGAGGAUACUUUUGUAGCGGAUUACUAUCUUAGCGUGUGAUCUUUGCUUUACAUAAAAUACAGUUCUAAACUAUUUUCAGGAGGAUAUAUAUACAUGCAACUUCUGACUGUUGAAUCACUGAUUUUCUUUAUGUAAUGAAAUGAUAUGGAAUGGCUUCUUAAA